UGGCGAUGAAGAUGUUCGUGGAGAAAUUGACGGCCGUUUUGAAAGCAGACCAGCAUUUCAACGAACAUUGGGAUCGCUGGUUCUCCUGGAUCUGUGAACAUUUCUGGACCGAACUUCGGAGAAUAUCGCAGGAAACCUCCGGCACGAACUCCUUCGCGGGGCGCGGGUUUCAACCUUUCCGCACACUGGAAUUGCUAGAAUGGGAGCUCGCGGAGCGGAUCGGUACAUAGUACUUACCUACAACGGUAGUAGAUUGCAUUUUGCAGCUGGCUCUAUGUAUGAGUGUAUCAGUAUGUGAAUGUAAGUACCUAUUUCGCGUCUGCUUUUGGUUACAUAUUAAUUUCUACAGUCGGCGCGGUUGUUUUUUUAGCAUCACAAAACUACUGCAACAUUUGACUUGAACAAAAUCAUACAAUCAGGUCUUUGUUUGAAUCUGGAUGUGGUUCCCGGUUCGGAAAGGGAGCGGAUUUUUAUGCCAGACAUGGCGGAGAAAUCGAAAAGACAGUGGAUUGUGGUGACGAAGGGCUACACCGACCGCCAGAAAGGCCGCUGGAUCAAGGUGCCCAACAUUCCGAAAAUUUGGCGGCACGUUUGGCACCACGCGGGAAACUUGAAACGCAUGGCGAAGCUCGUUGCUCCACCAAAAGAGAACAAGGACGACCCAAACAAGAAGAACCCCAAUAUUAGCCCUGGCGGCCCGGAUCAACGAACAAAAACGCAAAGUACACCGGAAAGAUACAAAGCGGCCAAGGCCAACGAACUUAUCCACGCGUUUGACGACCCAGGACUCCGCAUCCUGCAGCAGCACCGGCUUCAAAAGACCCCACUGUUCCUCGGCAUGGCCUCGCUUUCCAGUCCGUUGCAAGACUUGCUGUUGUGCGAGCGGGUAUUUAGUGCGUGGGAAAAGAGAAAGAUAGACUUGAGGAACUUUGAAGACCUGCAGGAAAACGUGUUUUGCCAGAAAAUUUCGGAUUUUUUCCUCACCUACCUGCUAAAAGUGGAAGCGGUUUACUACCAGAAACUCACCCACUUCGCGCGGUUUAGAAUCGAAAAUAACGACCAGAAGAUGAUGACGUUGUUCGCGGAGAAGCACGACCUCGACGUGCCAGAAUAUUUGAACAGCUUCGACGCGGAGAACGAGUUCCGAGUGCUGUUCAAUGACGAAGACUACAUCUACAAGCGGCUCUGUUCCUUCGAAAAAUCCGUUUGUCUCAAGAACGGGUUGGAUUUAACAAUCGGGAGUUCCGUUUUGUCCCCUCACUACCACUAUCAAAAGUAAAAAAAAAUGUCUGGGUCUGGAAACUUGUGAUGCUGGGUGGCGUCUCAUGAUGAGGCUACAGAUGCUGGCUCAGCGUGACAAGUUUCUGAGCUCCUAGGUGUUGCCUAUUCUGCAUGACAAACUGCGCUUCUGCAUCACAGAAAAGCGGAGCUCUUGGGUAACGUGCAUGACAGAUUUAAGAGUCAUGUCAGACAAGCAUGACAAACGUGAAUUCUUCCAGACCCAGACACUUUUACAGUUGAUAACCACGUGGAGGCAGUGGAAAACUACGCGGUGCGCGCGGCGAUUCUGUUUCGGAUAUCAAAUGUAAAAAUGUCUGGGUCUGGAAGAUUGCCAGGUUUGUCAUGCACGUUUUGCAUGACUCCUGAACUGAUGUCUGUGAUGCAUGCCCUAGCAUAACAGAUUUUGUGAGGGCUUCCUGAUGCCUAUACCGCAUGACAAAUGCUCUUUCCGUGUGGCAAAACUUGGACUCUCUUUGCUGCUCAUGCCAUACAGAUUUUUUUACAAUCCAAAAUCAGCAUGACAAGUUGGAUUCUUCCAGACCCAGACAUUUUUACAGUUGAUAUCGGAAGUUUCUGAAUUCUUGGCUGAAACUGUUGGAGGAGUUUGUCGUGCAGAAUCCGGUAUCCUGUGCAGAAGUAUCGUACUCGUAGUAAUCCUAUUCAUGCAUUACAGAUUUUUUUCUCAAGUUAAAUCCGCAUGACAAAUUCCAUUUCUAAUGCUAAGAAAAUUUGUAAUGCAGUUUAUACUAGUACGAUGCUUUUGCACAGGAUAUCCGGGCAAAUUACCGGGAAGAAACAAAACCAGGCUGCACCACCCGGUGGGGCUGUUUGACGCGAAGAUGUUUUUGUCGCAUGAGACGCUGGAAAAGAUAGCACAGCUUUUUCGAAGAUUGCUCGUGUUGGAGAUAAAGGGGCGUCCUGAAAAACAGGGGCUGGAACAAAACCGCCGAGAUGAGACUGACGCCAAAAGUGGUUUUGCAGGAAUACGCGGGGUGGAGCAACAGGAUAAGGAUAAAAAAGCUGCCGCUGCUUCCAGCAAAAGGGCUUCUCCCAAGUUUGACGACGGGGACACCGACCCGAACGGCACUAACCGUGGGAUGGAUCCUACUUCAGCGACACAGUCCGCCGCCGCGCGAAGACCCCGUCCCCCUCUCCGCGUGCAGUAUGAAAAGGCGAAAAAAGUGGAGCAGCAAGCGGGGGAGGUGUGUUUGCAACGUGGCGUCCUCACUGAGGAGAACCUGCAGGAUUUGCACCGGGCCUGGGUCGCGAAAAACAAGGCGCGCCGGGACGUCGUCGCUCUACUUGCGCGGUGGAGUGGGUCGUCGUCGGGGUCCAAGAUGGAUGUUGGCGGCACAAAAGGGCCAGAACGUCAAGAACCAUGUCCGAAAAUCGCGCAAAGGAACUAUUGGCACGCUAUCGAGACGGGAAACGCAUACCAACGCCUAUUUCAGUGGGUCCAGAGACAGGCCCCGGUGUACGCCGCAAAGCGGAGACGCUUCGAGCAGGUAGAAUUUAUGAUAUGGAGAUCUAUUUUUAUACCAUUUCGUAUUUUUAUCAUGUUAUAGAACGUCAACGUAGGCACCAUGACGUGAGAAUGGUUAUGCCACUGACGAAUGAACAAAAAAAUCAAAAUGAAAUCGCAGGUCUGCGACGAAAUUGAUGCGGUAAAAGAAGAGUUCAUUGACGUGAUCCUCGAAGCGCAAACGUACGACUUUGGCUUUACCAUUCCCACUGUCCCACGCUGGGAGCACUAUAGCACAAAAAGGAAUAAAAAUGAUGCUGGCAACAGCACAACUUCUAGAAGUACUACUACACCAAGGCCGGUCGUGCCGCCGUUUUGCGUUGCGGAACUCUUUGCGAAGGUGGAAAAGUCGGAACUGGACAAAACCCUUUUGGAUGCCAUCAAGGACUUGUUUCAAGACGUCCAGCGGGUAAAGCAGGCACGAGGCAUGUACGAAGCGGAAAUAGUGAAACUAAAGAACAAGUUUCAUUUUUCGCAGGAACUACCACUACUUCCAAAAAGCACGACUGCUCAGAACAAGACGAGCACGCCGGUGUUGGAGAAAGAAGUAGAAAAAGGGACUGCUUGUAGUUCAUCUACAAAUUCAAAUUCGCUCCUCGCUCCACCGAGAAUACUCCGGGCCGAAGGACCACUUUCCUCAGAGGCGGAAACCGAGCUGUUAAAAACCGUGAAGUUGGAAUCUCCACUGGCGUUUCCCCUCGGAUGUUUGGACGGCCGAGGCGAAGCUGUGACGGACGCCGGAGAUCAGCAGCAGGAUUUGAUCGCCAUGAACAAGAAAGCGCUGGAUUUAGCGGCAAAUCUCCCGUUUUUAUUUCUUCCGAAACUUGGGACGCCGAUGGCGAUUUCGUGCGGAGAAAACGACGGAUUCGUGGCGGAUAGCUGUUCAGAGUUUAUUAUUCCGCAAAUGAUCAACGUUGUCGCACAAGAACAGGGGAAUAAGCGCGGUCUUUAUGAUCCGAACAAAAACUACAGCAAUAACAAUAAAAUUAUUUCGGAGACGCAGAAACGGCUUCUGGAGACCCAGGGCUACCGCAAAGUUAUGUUUGCCGAAGAUCCAGCAAGUUCUAGUAAUACAACUGAAGAAGGAGAAAAAGCUGAGUCAGAACCUGAACCGAAACCGAGCGGGACGACGAGGGAUAGUGCAACAACGAAACAGAAGCCUCCCGUCGAGUGCUUUCUUCACGAACAAGCCCCGAAUUUGUGGCCGAACCUCUGUAUCCGAACGGACGAAGAAACUGGGGAAGAGUACUUUGAGGCCGACCCGCCCGUGGAUCAGCCGGACGGGAGCCGGUCGCUCGCGCCGGUCCGCGGUAACCAGCUGCGCAAAGACAUGACGGAAAAAGAAAUCGAAAAGAUGUUCUUUGACCGCGGGUUUUUUACACUGCCGCCCAUGACAAAUUCUAGAAGCUCAUUGUCGAUGAAAAUGAUGAAGAAAAUCUUAACGAAAGAAGACCACGAAAUGCGACUCCAGGCAUUUUCGUUGCAGCAAAAGAAUUCUAGCACACCGGAAAAAUUGUCGGCGGAACGGAAGGAAAUCAUGCGAAAGUUGAUCGGGGUGAGCAAAAUUUUUCCGCGGUGGAUACUUGAGAACAUCCCGAAAGUAAAAGCCCGCUGGGAGGAGAAGCGGGAGAUCUUCGAGAAGGUGACACAACAAAAUUUGCAGUACCAAAAAUCUUUGGCAGCGGAGCAGAAAAGCGAAGUAGAAAAACAAAAUGACGCAAAUAGUUCCGACAACAAAGAGGACGAGGACAGCAGGAUGAAAAAAGCCCCGCUCUUCACACACAAGUCCCUCAAUCCGGAGUUGGAGCGGCCUGCGCAGCAUCUGUACCCAAACCACACUUUCGUGAAGCUGGAACCGACUUUGGUCGACUUUUUGCUUUCUGCGAGCAAUAAAUCGACCGAGGAGAAGGAGAUGAGAGAGCGGCAAAAACUAUUAACGGAAACAGCAGCGGUCACACCCCACCAGCCGCACGAGGUACUAGGAACAACUACACAACAAACAGAAGUUCUGCCAGCAGCUUCAGUUGGUGUACAAGAACUAGCAGACAUCUUAACCGAACCAAAUUGGACGGGCGUGCCAGAUUGCUCCAGCGAAAGCGACUUGGAAGGAAGAGAAUGGGACGAGGACAGAGCAGAUUCGCCGGAUACGUUCUUCACCAGCAGCGACGCCAGCAGCAUCUAGCUCGUGCUCGGUCACGGUCACGGCCGGUGAAGAUUUUUCUUGAGCACCAUCUUGGUAAACGUAAAGACAAGCGAGUCCUUGUGUACAACUUGUUCGUACCUGAACCCUUUACGUAGCGAAGAAAACGUCGAGACGAGAAAAGGAUACAAGAACGAGUCUAGCCCUAGAAGUGCCUACAUUAUAUCCACCCCAUAUCGAUAAAGUUCCACAACGGACGACGACGACGACCUGUAUAAAGAAAAAUUUUGCCAGUAACACCAGUAGCGACAUUUUGCUUUCACGACGAAAAACCAAAGUAGACAUGUGUUUCGACUUCAUCCCCAUCCGUAUCGACAGAAGACGUAAUUUAUGAUUUUUGCAUGUUGCACUUGCUUCCGCACCUUCUCGUCUUCGAAACGGUUCUCUUUCAUAUCCUCGGUUUUACAGUACAAUAGAAAUUCAAGUAUCCAUUUCAUCUUACCUUGCUAUUCCUUGUAGCAGGCAGGCUGCUGUUUCGCCUACCAUUCCUACUUCGGUAUAUCCCGUCUUCAGGGAAGCUUCGUUUGAUCUCGAGUAAAACAUUCAAACUGUGUUUUCUCCUGAAGCAGUGUUUGUUUUGUUGUUUACUUCUUCAUUUUACGACGGC